CUUUAAAUCCUUAAAAAAAUUUAUUUUAUUUUAUUUUUAUUGGAUUCUUGUAAAUUUAGUAAAUUUUGUAAUUUUUUCGAAAAUUCCGAAAACCUGUAAAUUAACCCUCAGAUCUCCAAAUUAGCCCUUAGAUCUGUAAAUUCCUUAUAAACUACUGUAAACAUAUGUUAACUUGAGUAAAUGAGUAAACUGUGUGUAUAUUCUGAUGAUUCGGAGUGUGGAAGAGCUGUUGCGGAUCUUGACAACAGGCCUGGAUAGAAAAUUAUUUAUUUUUAAUUUGGAAUCUCUCGAUAUUUUUAAGCAACUAAGGUUUGAAGAGUUUAUUUAUCGCAAUGUUACUCCAAAAUGCACUAACACCGCAUUCCUCAUACUCAACCACUUCUACAACUCCAGUACGGUAGUAUUUGGAUUAAGUGGUGAGGUGAGUGACUUUAUAAAGGAUUUAAACUAUUGUAAGCUUGGUGGAAUUAAGUUAAUUCGUCGUUUUACGGGUGGCGGUACUGUGUUAAUUGAUGAUAAUAUUAUCACCUCGAGUAUCAUUGCCACGCAUUCCUUUGCUCCUAACCUGAACCCCAAUAACAUCUCACACUGGGCCUUCAAAUUCUAUCAAUCAACCAAUCUCUUCACCAACCAUUUCCACACCGUCGACGGUGAUUUUUCCUACCACAACCUUCUUAACACUAACUCCACUGUCAACUCUGGUAACUCCGGUGACACCAACGUUGAUACGGAGAACCCCGUAGAAUGGUGUAAGGUCGGUGGAAAUGCGCAGGCGUAUGGUAAAUAUUCGUUUGUACAUCAUACGUCGUUUAUAUGGCGAGUAUCACCGGAGAUAGAGAAGAUACUUUUGGUACCAAAAAAGGCGCCAAAGUACAGAAAUAACAGAGGACACACACAGUUCCUACAGUCAGUCACCAAAGUCCUAAAGGUCUCAGAUAAACAUCAGUUCAUACAACUGCUCAUACAAUCUUUAUCCAGCCUUUACUCAACCACUUUAAUACUUUAUCGUGGGCUGGACAGUGUCAACGUUAAAAGUAAUGUCAGACACUUAGACGAAGAAGUAAUAAAUAAUUGUAUCAAUAAUUUUAAAUCACACACUAAUUAUAUUCACUUCUAUUCUUACCCAUUCUUACACACUAUUUAUAGUAUUUUACACACUUUUUACACAUUUUUACACACAUUUACACAUUUUUUACACACUAUUUAUAGUAUUUUACACAUUAAGUUGCUGGGUGUUUGGUAG